UGGAGGGAGCUGGGACCCCUGGGUUCUAUCCCUGCUCUGGGAGAGGAAUGGGGGCUGAGGGAUUAGAGCAGGGGUGGAGUAUGGGCGGGAGCCCGGAUGCCUGGGUUCUUUCCCUGCUCAGGGAGGGGGGCUAGGAGCCCAGGUGCAAGAGGCAAGUAGCAGGCAGGGGUCUCUGGAUUGGGGCACUGGCCUGGGUCUGACCUGAGCUCCUUGGGGCAUCUUCCUGCUUCCCUGUAGGGUCUAGUCUGGGCCGGGGGGUGGUACCCAUGGAGAAGCUGGGGUGCCCUAACAUGCUGGGCACCAACCUGUCACCAGCAGAAUCUGGGGGCUCAAUGGCCCUGCGGGGCAGUCCUCAGAUCCUGGAUGACUCCUUGGAGCCGCUGGCCAGGGGCUCAUGCUGGAGCUGUGACGUGGAGCCUGGCAUCGGCCCUCUUGCCCAGGCAUGUCGGCUGGACACAAAGGAGGAGCUGGGGCUGCCCUCCCUGAGCACUGCUGGCAGCUCCAGAAGGCAGUGCUGGAGCCAGGAGCUGGACCAGCUGCGGGAGCGCCAGGCCCAGCUCAAGGAACAGCUGUGCGCCUGCGCGCAGGAGCUGGCGGUUGUGCGGUGCCAUGAGCAGCGGCUGCAAGAGGCCAACAAGGAACUGCAGGAGCAGCUGCAAGUGCAAGAGGCCAAGGUGGAACAGCUGCGCAGCACCCUGGCGACCCGCGGGGCCCAUCUGGGCCAAGAGCUGCGGCGCCGGGAGCAGGAGCUUGGACGGCUCAAGGACAGGCUGGGCCAAGUGGUGAUGGACAAGCGGGACCGGCGCACCAACAUGGACAUCCUCAACCCGUUGAGCCGUGCCAAUGGCCGGAGAGCCACCUGGAAAACCGGGAAGGCGUUGGGGAAGCGGGAGGAGGAGCUCUACCGCUCCCUGCUGGGCACCCAGGAGAAACAGAUGGCAGUGCUUGCAGUGGAGAAUGCUGAGCUACAGCUGGCACUGGAGCAGCUGGGGCAUGAUUUCCAAGGCCUCCUGCCACCUGGCCAGGAUGGGGAUCCCAAGCUGGACAGCACCCACCUGGCUGAUGUCAUCUGGGAGCUGUGGGGCUGUCUCAAAGCCCGGGUUGAGGCACUUGGGAGCUGGGCAGUGGCCGGGGCUCCCCCAGGGCUGGGGGUUGCAGGUGGGGAGUUGCCUGUGAUCAGUGUGACCGACCAUGACAAGGAGAUUGCCAGGCUCCGAGCUGAGAUCGAGGAGAGCCGCAGCCUCAUUGCUUGGCAGCAGCAGUGCCUGCAGGAGAAGCUGGUGGUGGGAGUGGGUACAGAGCUGCCGCCAGGCCUGGAGGGCUCCUAUGUACUGGAGGAGCAGCAGCGGUUGCAGGAGGAGCGCAUGCUGUUUCAGCAGCAGCAACAAGCCUUCGAGACUGAGCGACAAAGCUUCACCGAGGCCGCCAUCCGCCUGGGCCAUGAGAGGCAGCAAUUUGAGGCAGAACGUGCUCUUCUGCUGAAACACCAGUUCCUGAGCACUGCGGCCAACUUGGACUUGUGGGGUCCCCAGCGACAGGAGUCAGCCCCCAGCACCCCCUGGGUCCUGGACCAGGAGCCACAUCCCCGGGCCAAGAAGCGGCCCCAGCCCAGCUACUCCCCCUUCCCGGUGCCGGAGACCUCUGCCAUGCCCUUCCGAAGCCAGCCCCUUCACCCCCAGCCUGCCAGUACCCCCUGCCUGGGAGAGCAGUGCUGGGGGCAGUGUCUCAUCCUGCAUUACAGCCCUGCCACCCCUGCCCAGCCCAGACUGCUGGAUGCUGCCUGGAAGGGGGGCCACCAGGACAGAGCUUCCCAGACGCAGAGUGAGGACUUGUGGCCUGUGAGCACAGACCUCCUGGGGCAUUUCUUGGAGGCCUCCUUCUAGGCCCUGGCUGUAAUUUUUGGGAGGGACCAGACUCUGGGGUACCGGCUUCCCCCAUGGGGGGGCUGUCUUCUACCAGCCAGACUCCAGCUGCUGCCAAGUGCUAUCUUUUUGGGGAAAAAGCUGUCCUUCUCUCUGAAAGUCUAAUCCAUCCCCGCCAUGCCACUCCUGGUUUCUCCAACCUAGCUGGAGCCUGACUGGAUCCUGGGAGCUCAGCUUCCUUUUCCAAGACCCCUCUUCUGGGCUCAGCUGGGUGAUCUCCAUAAGGUGCCUUGAUUCCUUCUAGCUUUUAGCUGUCUCUGGGUUUAAGCGUAAGGCUGUAUUGUUGUUUUUUUUAAUCCAACCAUCUCCAGACCUCUUCUCCAUAAGAAGCAGGCCAGGGAGGGAUUCUUCCCUGCUGGCAUGUGGGGUUUGGAUAUAGAGCUGGUCUUGGAGCAAGGAGGGCUUUGGUCUUUGCGCUCAGGCUUGUGUCUGUGUGCCUGAUGUGGAUAAGUGCCUCUGAGCCGUUUCAUUUGUUGGUUGUAAUAAAAGAUUUUUUUUUAAACUUUUUCUGUAUUGAUUUGUAAUAAACAAGGAGAACUUCUAAAGAACAGACUAUUGCAGUUUUGGUCUGGCUCCCCCAACUCAGUCUCGCCCAUCUGGCCCAGCACUUCCUGGGGCAGAGGAGAUGACACCCACAUAUUCCACAAUGCAUCAGGCUACUACCUAUUCUCCCCCCUUAGGACCCUGGGUGUGCUAUUAUAGGCAACUGAUUUGAGGACUGUCUCUACUGCCGUUCAUUGGGUCCUGGAGGUGACUUAACAGUCCAAGUCUUGGGGCAUGGAUGCAUCUGCAGACGUAGCAGGUCCUUCCUUCUGCCAAGAAGAGCAGGCCACAGGCUGGUAUUCUUUUCCUCCUCCUUCCUCCACUCCCUGUCCUCUGUUUUGUGGGGGUGAGAUACAUUCUUGAAACAGGAUGUGCUGCUAUGGGAGCUGGUGAGUAGCCAGCUCCUUGUCCUCACUGUAGGUGGUUGCAGGCUAGGUAACCAGCUCCUCCCAGCUCUCUGCAGGCUGGAGCUGUGUCCCCUGCCCCCAUCCUUGUAGGGCUUCCUCCAGCCUUUCUCCUACCUUGUGGGCCCCAAUUAAGCUGGGAGUAGGGCACCUGUAAGUGCUUUGGGAGGGUACUCUUCCCAUGAUGCCACUGGGUAAGAGUGUUUCUUGCUUAGCCAUUUCCUUCCCAGAAUCCCCUGCUGGGGGGUUGUUUAAGGAGAAAGG